AUGUCAAACAAAACGUGCUUACCACGCCAAAUGAUUGUACACCCAGAUACAGGACUCUUUCUCCAAUACAAUAGUGAAUACACCCCAUCGGAUAAAAUUAUUUAUAAUACUGCGUGGUUUCAUCUGACAAAAGAUGCAUGUUAUUUAAUUCCCUCGGCUGCCGUUACUAAAAUCCCCCAGUGUCAAAACAUAACCGUGACUCGUCAUAAACGUUUGAUAUUCGAUGUUAUUAAUCUUUGUAUAGCAUCAACAGCAGUGGGGCUGAGCACAUCCAAUACAAUACAAAUCGGCUUACUGAAUCAAGCAGUUGGAGGAAUCAAUACAGAACUAAAACUGAUGGCAGAACAAUUGAAAUCAGAUUCAGCCCAUUUGACUCACAUAGAACAAGGGCAAGUGAGACUAGGAGCAGAAUUAAAGAAAACUGAAGAAAUGUAUAACAAAACAGUAACAAUUGUCAACGAACUUUCGACUGGCUAUAAAUAUCUCAAUGAUAAAAUCAAUUAUGUGAAACAGGAAAUGAAUCGCUGA